GUGCACUGUGUCCCUCGGACACAGCGGAUCACCGAUCACGGAAAGAGCCGAAGAUGUUGGCUCGGUCAUGUGAUCAGCUGUGUCCAAUCACAGCUGAUCACUGAACAUCAGGGCACUGAUGAUCAGUGUAGCCCCAGCAGUGCCACCUGUCAGUGUCCAUCAGUGCCACAUGCCAGUGCCCAUCAGUGCCACAUAUCAGUGCAUACCAGUGCACAUCAAUGCCACAUAUCAGUGCCCAUCUGAGCUGCCUUUCAGUGUCACCCAUCAGUGCCAGUCAGUGCCCCCUAUCAAUGCCAAUCAGCGCCACCUAACAGUGCUGUCAAUCAGUGCCACCUAUUAGUGCCAGUCAGUGCCGCCUAUCAGUGUCAUGUAUCAGUG